UUAUGUUUAAACACUGCUUAUAAAUCUGUGCUGGCCAAAGGCCAAUAAUAUUAUUCAUAACGAUGGGCGGACUGUAAUGCAGAUGUAAACACCUGGUUGAUGAUGUAAUGAAUUUGUAUAGGUUGGUAGAUUAUAAAACACUGUUACAAACAGUAACAUCUUUCACACAGUUCACAACGCACAUGCAUUUGGCCAGACUGAUCAUAUGAGUGGAAAUUGGUCUCGAAACAUGCCGAAAAAUUUGACUGCUAUUAGUCUAAUUCUGACUUGCUGUGUGCUGCUCUAUCUAGUGCUUUGGAUGAAUCUCUCUGAACAGUUUCACAGCAAAAUUGUCAUCAUUUCUGCAUUGAUUUUUUCACCACUUGGAACUACAAGUAUGUACAAAACAGAAAAACUAAUUUACCCCACUGAGCGAGAAGUCAACAUAACACCUAUUCCAGUUCUCUAUAAGAAAAAUUUUACGAAACUUCCAGUGUGGGAUUUCGAAGAUGUUUAUUUGCGAAGCAAUGAAGCAAGAAGACCUACCUGUCCAGAAUCCCUUCAAAACAAAGAGAAUCCCAAGUUCAAGGAGGCGACACUUCCUGACAUUCAGCUGUGGCUGUACAAAGGUCUACUCAACAUAACAGAAUGGAAUCGAUUAGCACACUUCAACAAUCCCUUCGGCUUCAUGGAAUACAAGUACAAUGAAGUAAAAGGACCAGUGGAUUUGAUACCAAAGCCUAAGUCUCCAAUAUUACUGUCUGUGCCUGAAAGUUCAAAGGAUGGUUGUAUCCGCUGUGCUGUUGUGGCCUCUGGGGGCAUUCUCAAUAACUCAAAGAUGGGCAAAGAGAUAGACUCCCAUGAUUACGUUUUUCGAGUAAAUGGGGCUGUUACUCAAGGUUACGAGGAGGAUGUUGGAAAUAGAACAUCAGUCUAUGUACAUACAGCUUUUUCCUUAUAUAGUUCCAUACUGACAUUAAAACAGUACGGGUUUCACAAUAUUCCACAAGAUGAGGAUAUUAAAUAUGUAAUGAUCCCUGAAGGCCUGAGGGACUUUGAGUGGAUCCAAGGCCUUUUGCAGGGAAAAGAAGCAAAUGGGUCAUUCAAGGGUGAGAGGCCACUGAAAUUUUUCAAUGGGAAUUUUAACGAGAGCAGAUUCUAUGUUCUUCACCCUGAUUUUCUUCGAUACAUUCGCAACAGAUUCAUGCCAUCCAAACAAAUGCAGGGCAAAUACUGGGCAAUGUACAGACCGACCAAUGGAGCGUUUGCUUUAUUCUUGGCUAUUCACACAUGUGACAUUGUCGAUGCCUAUGGGUUUAUCACAGAAGACCACCAUAAGUACUCCAACUAUUAUUAUGAAAAGUUAAAAAGAACCAGUGUAAUUUUCUUUAUUAACCAUGACUAUGGCCUGGAGAUAAAGACUUGGAAGAAACUGCAUGACUCUGGAAUCAUUAGACUCUUCCAAAGGCACUGAUACAUCAAAAGCAGAAGGAGGCUGUCUGUCAUCUCGGCAGGCAUUACUUCAAAAGAUAUUUCCAAGUUAUGAUUCUGAAAGAAGCUAUGUCUCGGUUACAUGUGGGAAAGAUGAACAAAACCUUUCUUAUAAAGCUAUGGACUGAAACUAAAUGAAACAUCUGUAAUAUGCUGCAAGAGAUAGCUACUAGUUUUUAUAUAUAUAUAUAUAUAUAUAUAUAUU